AUGGCUUCAACUUCCAACACCAAGGAUGGGGUUCUUCAGCAGCGCAGCAAGCCAGUCGGAAAGCCGCGUGGCAUGCGCCGGGAUCGGGACUGUCGCAGCUGCAAGCUAAGAGACGUCAAGUGCGAUCUGAACAGACCUUCGUGUGGAGAAUGCAUCGCUGCCGGUGUGCCGUGUGGCGGCUAUCCGCAGCGAGUCAUCUGGGUCGGAGCCAGCUCGUCGGCAAAGGAUGGCUCGUCCACGUCCCCGUCCAGCACGCGCCCUCGCCAGGCCAGAUCGCAGUCGACGCUGUCUCGAUCCAGCGACUCGGGUCACACCCCGGAUCGCCCGGCGGAUUCCUCGCUGUCGCCGCCUGACCGCCCGGCGUUGAGCCCCGGCGACGAGCCCAUCAACUGGUCCGAGGCCGACCAGAACAGCUUCAUCCGGCCGCUGGUAUCGCUGUGCCAGCAAAUCAUCUCGCUGGACGGCGAUGCGUUGCGGAGCAACCACUAUCUGUCCGUCGAAGCCCUGCGCCUUAUCUCGCGGCUGCGCGACUUUGUCCAGUCCCGUAUCGAUGGCCAUCCGGCUCGAGCUUCGACUGGCGCCGGAGACUUGUGGGAGUCGGAGGCCAUGGCGCGAUACCGGCUGGACGCCCUCAUCAGCCUCAAGGAUACGCUAAAGGCGACCAACCCUUUUGCUUUUAUCGGCAUCGCGGCCUUUGCAUUCUUUGAGGUGUGCGACAGCGGCUUUGGCGACUGGCAGCGCCAUCUCUACGGUGCCAAGUCGUUGCUAGACUAUCAUUGCAAGAGCCGGGCUGAGUUAGACACGUUAUCGCGAAGCGUCACCGGCCUGAGCGAAAUGGUAGUUCGUCUAGUCUGGUUCGACACCACGGGUAGCAUCAUCCGGGGGACCUCAGACCUUAUCUUCGAGAGCUGGCACCGCGAGCUCCUGACAGAUAGCUUCUUCCGCACGGUUGGUUGUCCAGCCGACACUUUCCAGCUCUUUAUUCGCGUGGCGAGUGGUGAGGUGGCCUCCAAUCCGUCCAACAGCGCGAUUCUCGCCAUGGAGCAGCUUCUUAAGCUUGGACAAGGCUCUACCGACUGGGACCGUUCAGCUGAUGCUUAUCGCUGCGCCGGCGUCAUUGCUGUGCUGACACGCGUUGAUGAGGAGCCCUCAGCAGAGUCUAAGGCAGCUACGAUUUCCCUGGCGGUCGACCGGACGUGUCAGAUCAUUGCAGCAACGUCUUCAUCUUCGCAGUUUUACAUUCACAUGGCCGUUCCGGCGUAUCUGGCCGGUAUCAACGCGAGCUCAGUGAAGCAGUGUGAUGUUAUACGGGCGUACUGGCAUAAUUGCAAUCAUGCAGGCGUUCGACGAUACCCAGAUGGCUUGGCCAGAUGCGAGGACCGGUGGAAGAUGAAACGACUGGUGUAG